AUGUCCGGCUCUGAGUCCCUCCCUGACUUCCCACUCGGCUGCGACUUGGUGCAGAGAUUAAAGGCGGCGCUGGAGGCCCGGGAUGAGGAGCGAGUCCGGGAGCUGAUCUGCGUGGAGGUGGAGCCCGUGGACGCCGUGCUGGAGCUGGCCAACGACGACUGGAUGAAGGAACCCGACGCGCAGCUGCCCCCCAGCGCACUGCUAGGAGACCUGCACCAUGUCCGGGCCCUCAUGGACGAGUACUUCCAGGACGCCGACGUGGUGUUUGAGAUCCACACGGACGAGAUGGAGUGGCAGGUGGCAUCCCCUGCCGCGUUCGGAGUCUCAGGCCUCUGGACCCUGGAGUACAAGCGCGAGCUCACCACGCCCCUGUGCAUCGCAGCGGCCCACGGCCACACCGCCUCCGUGCGGCACCUGCUCAACCGCGGCGCCCACCCCGACGCCUCCCCGGGCGGCCGCGGCGCGCUGCACGAGGCCUGCCUGGGGGCGCACACGGCCUGCGCCCGGCUGCUGCUGCAACACGGCGCGCACCCGGACCUGCUCAGCGCCGAGGGCCUGGCGCCCUUGCACCUGUGCCAAACGGCAGCCUCGCUGGGGUGCGCGCGGGCGCUGCUGGAGCACGGAGCCUCAGUGCAGCGCGCGGGUGGCGCGGCCCGGGACACGCCGCUGCACGUGGCGGCGCAGCGCGGCCUGGACGAGCACGCGCGCCUCUAUCUGGGCCGCGGGGCGCGCGUGGACGCGAGGAACGGCCGCGGCGAGACGGCGCUGAGCGCGGCGUGCGGCGCGGCGUGGCGGCCCGACGAGCAGGCCCGUGGCCUGCGCCUGUGCGCGCUGCUGCUGGGGCGCGGCGCGGCGGCGGACGCGCGCGACGAGGACGAGCGCAGCCCGCUGCACAAGGCCUGCGGCCACGCGCGCCCCGACCUGGCGAGCCUCCUGCUGCAGCACGGCGCCGACGCGGGCGCGCUCGACUACGGCGGGGCCUCGCCGCUGGCGCGCGCGCUGCAGACAGCCGCCUGCGCGCCCCAGGCCGCGGCGCAGCGCACCGUGCAGGCGCUGCUGAACCACGGCUCGCCGACCGUGUGGCCCGACGCCUUCCCCAAGGUGCUGAGGAUCUGCGCACCGGCCCCCGCCGUCAUCGAGCUGCUUUCCAACUCCUACUCCCAGCUCCGCGUGUCCGAGUCCUGGAAGGAGGUGAUCCCGGAGGACGCGCUGCAGACGCACAAGGCCUUCUACCAGUCCUUCUUUGCCCUGGGCCACGCCCCGCGCUGCCUGCAGCACCUGUGCCGCUGUGCUGUCCGCCGGCUGUGUGGCAGGAAGUGCUGUGACAUCAUCCCGCAGCUGCCCUUGCCCGCGGCCCUGCGGAGUUACUUGCUUCUGGAACCAGAGGGCGUCCUGCGCUGAAGACCCGGGCACGGGAACCCGGCUCCUGUCCUCAUGGCCACCCCUCCGAGGAGGCCUCGUGUGGAGGACAGCGACCCGGAAGAGGAGGGAGGGGUGGGCCAUUCCCACCUCGCUCUGCCACGGGGCCAGGAAAGCUCGGAGGACCUCGCUGAACUGCAGGCCGCCCUCGAAACGGGAUUGCUUCUCUACAAGCCUUGUCCGGAGUCCGGCCCUGUGGUUAGCCGCCGCCUGCAACGCCCCUGUGUCAGCGCCAGGUCCAGUCCCGGCUGCUCCACUUCCAUUCCAGCUCCCUGCUAACGCACCCGGGAGGGCCCAGAAGGUGGCCCGGGUGCUUGGGCGCCUGACACCCACGUGGGAGACCCAGAAUGGCUCCUGGCUUCAGCCUGGCCCAGCCGCAGCCGUUUCAACCAUUUGGGGAAUGAGCCGUCGGGUAGAUCUCUCCU